CAGCGGGCGUCCUGGGGCAGCCGUCGCUCUGUCUCUUCAGAGUCCCGGAUGUGUGAGGUGGCUGGCGGCGGUGCGUAACGAUGUCUGCGAUCUUCAAUUUUCAGAGUCUCCUGACAGUAAUCUUGCUGCUUAUAUGUACCUGUGCAUACAUAAGAUCCUUGGCUCCCAAAUUACUGGAUAACAAUCAAACUGGAUUAUUGGGCAUAUUCUGGAAGUGUGCCAGAAUAGGUGAGCGGAAGAGCCCUUAUGUUGCUGUGUGCUGUAUUGCGAUGGCCUUCAGUAUUCUGUUUGUCCAAUAAACAUGGAACCUGUUAGGAAUAUAUUGCUGUCAAACGACUACAUAAUAAAAGACUUGGUAAAACAAAAGAAGAACAUACUUUCUGCACAUCCAUUACUUUAUCUAAUGGACAAGACAAGCUUUUGACAAUUUGUUUCAAUAUUUGCAAUGAGAAGAGCAAUGGUUCAUUAAGUUAUGAAAAUGCAGUUAUUAAUUAACAAAGUUAAACUUCUAGAUUGUGCCCAGGUUCCCUAAUGUAGUGUAGUCUGAAUUUCAGAACAGAAAUUUUAAGAUGGACAACUAAAGUCAUAAUAUUUCUCUGAGAACUGAAUUGAUGUUUAAACCCAUGAGCUUUUAAUUUUUUUCUAUUUCAAAGGCUUUUCAAAAUUUUCAUUUGUGAAAUACAAACACAAAAACAAAGUAAAAUCUUACAAUAUAGAUGGAGAGACAAAAGAAAAAUUAGAUCAAUGCUGGUCUUCUCUUAUGGCUAAAUAUAUACGUGAUGGUCUAACUGUGAGAAACUGGUAAAAGUCAGAAACACAAAAGCAGAGAGUCAGAACACAGGAUUUCAACUGAGAUUUAUUAGGUUCUUUCUAAUGAACUGUUCUAUAUUUUGCAGGUUGAGACCCUUUUAAGAUUACCUGUACAAUAAAAGAAAAAUAAUUGUAUAUUAUGAUUUCAUCAAGUAAAUGCUUCUUUUUGUUAAAGUCCACACUUAUCAAAGAAUUUUGAAUUAACCCGAACCUGAAUUUUAAUAAACAGUGUGCAGUGUGCUCUGCAUUGAUGAUUUGUGUAGGCAUUUAAAUUCUGGAACCUGACUGAAUGCUUGAGACACAUAUUUCUUCACUAUUGGAAAAUGGAGUAACUGUCUCAAUACUUCAAGCAAAAAAAUCUCAUUGAUAAUAUUUCACUUAUGUUAUUUGUUUUCAUAUUAUAUGUUUAUAUCAAGAGACUAUGUUGUAUUUUUCAAAGUUAAUCUGUAUAAAUAAGAAUAAGUAAGUUUAAAAUUAAA